UAGUUUGAACGAACAUGAUGGUAUGGAUGAACAUGAUAAUAUGAAUGAACAUAAUAGUAUGAAUGAACAUGACAGUGGCAGGGAUGAAUACCGUAAUUAUGAGCCUGAAGAAAACAUUACUGAAGAUGUGAAUGAUGAUUAUGAAAUACAAAAGGUUUUUAAUAGUUGGGAUGUUGCUAUGGAAGAAAUUGAGAAAUAUACACAUCGUAAAGCAGCAACAAACCGUUAUGAAAUGGCACUAUCAAUUUUUUUAAUUGUUGACAAUCAUCUACACUCACAUAUGGUGGUGCAAGCACUCAUAGAUGAUGAAAUGAUGGAAUAUCAUAGCUGGAUUUUUCAGAAUAUAAAGAAUGCCACACGUAAUGCUGUUCCACGUGUGAUUUUUACUGAUGCGGAUCUAGCUGUUUCUGCGGCAAUUUGUGAUGAGUUUCCUACAACAAAAUCUCUUCAUUGUAUGUUUCAUAUCUCUCAAAAUCUUUUUUCAAAUCUUAAAAGCUGCCUUGGAGAUCAAUAUAAUGAAUUUAUUCAGAAUUUCUACGAAAUGCAAAAAUCACCAUGA